CGGGCCGGCCAGUUUCACUUGUGGUGCGGCUCUGCUAGCGAUGGCGCGCUCCGCGGUCGUCGUCCUACUCGGGCUGCUCUGUCUGUCCCACCUGGAUGCCAUCCAGCAUUCUCCAAAGGUUCAGGUCUACUCCCGGCACCCAGCAGAGAAUGGAAAGCCAAAUUUCCUGAACUGCUAUGUUUCGGGGUUCCAUCCACCACAAAUUGAUAUCAGCUUGUUGAAGAAUGGAGAGAAAAUAAAAGCGGAACAGACAGAUCUGUCCUUCAACAGGGACUGGACUUUCUACCUUCUGGUCCACACUGAAUUUACUCCCACUGUCGAAGAUAAGUAUAGCUGCCAGGUGAAUCACACAACGCUCAGUGAGCCCAUGGUCGUUUUGUGGGAGCCAGACAAGUAACCAGCAUCACAGAGGUUUGAAGAUGGUGCGCCUAAAUUGGACUAAUCCCCAAUCCUGAGUUCUUUUUAAUGUUGAUAGGCUUUUAUGUUUAAUGCAUACAAAUUAUAAAGUUAUGUUGAUGAUAAUACAAAUAUGAUCUACAUGAUAACUCUCCAGUGGGCACUGACUGUGCAUUAUAUUUGACCUGUCUGGUCAUGUAGAUAUAGUUACAGGACUAGAAGCUUAGAGAACUGAACUCUUAGCCAGAGCUGAACUCUUUAGUCUCUUCACUCAAAACUGAAUAAGAAUAUACCUAUGCAUGUUUAGAAUUAACUUCCAAUUUGCAUACCUUGCUGAGAAUUGGGAAAUGUUUUGAAAGAUAAUUGUCAAAUUAUUGGAAAUCUGUUAUAGUGGACAAGACAUUUCCUAUAUAAAAUUCCUAUUUACUUCUUACACGUUGGAACCAUUGUUGCAUAUAAUUUGACUUCUGUUGAUUUUGUUUCACUAAGUAAAACAAUGUUAAAAACUUAA